AUGCCUGUUACUGCAGAAAGUAUUACAAGAAAUUUUCAAAAGGCAUAUCCAAAUGAUGCAUUGUAUGUUUGCAAACUCAGAACAUCUGGUGGAUAUGGUUUGUUUUAUGGCACUCAAUUGCUAGAUGUUCAAUUAGAAAAUAAAGAUUGGUUGACAGUUUUCAAAUUAGAAAAAUCUUCUGGAGUUUCUAUCGAUGAUAAUAUUGUCAAACAAAAAGCAUUUCCUUUUGUUUAUGAUACAAAAGGUAUAAUAGAUAAUGAAGCACGAUGUGUUCGACUUCGUAACAGUUUAAAGACUGUAUUUUCCAAUCAUUACGUCAAUAUAUUUAUUUAUAAUGAAGCCUGGGCAUAUAAUGGUCUGGCUUUGGGCUUUGCUGAGUUUAGAAAUGAGUAUGGCUCGGAUGUUUGUAUUGUUUUGAGUUAA